GGAAUUGAAGACAGACCUCAACUGCCGUACACCAAUGCCGUCAUCCAUGAAAUACAGAGAGUUCUAGAUUUGGCACCAACUGCUCUCUUCCAUGCCGUGACCAAUGAUAUCAAGUUCCGUGGAUACAUCAUCCCGAAGGGCGCCAUCAUCAUCCCAUUCCUGACAUCGGUGCUUAAUGACCCCUCUCAAUGGGAAACACCAGAACGGUUCAAUCCUGGACACUUCCUGGAUGAGGAGGGCCAGUUCCGCAAUCGGGUGGCCUUCAUGCCAUUCUCAGCCGGUAAGAAAUCCAUUAUUAUUAUUAUUAUUAUUAUACAGUAUUUAUAA